GUAAGGUUAAAGAAAUGAAAUCUCCACCGUUUUCGAUGUUAGUCCCUCUUCUUAUGGCUGCUCUCUUCUCGUUUUCAUGGGCAGCUUUGCCUCAUGAAAAUUUUCUUCACUGUCUCUCCCUUCGUUCAAAUGGUUCUUCUUCCAUUUCCAAUUUGAUUUUCACGCGAAGAAAUUCUUCGUAUGAAUCGGUUUUGGAAAGUAGGUUAUGGAAUCUUAGGUUCAACUCCACGGAUACUCCAAAACCUUUGGUCAUAGUAACACCAACGCAGAUCUCUCAUAUUCAAGCCACCAUUUAUUGUUCUAGAAAACAUGGGUUGCAGACAAGAAUCAGAAGUGGCGGCCAUGAUUACGAAGGCCUUUCGUUCGUGGCCAGAGUCCCGUUCGUUAUAAUCGACUUGUUUAAUUUCCGAUCCGUGGACAUCGAUGUUGAAAACAGAGUUGCGUGGGUUCAAUCCGGUGCGAUACUAGGUGAAUUUUAUUACAGGAUUGCAGAGAAAAGUACAACUCUCGCCUUCCCGGGCGGUGUUUUUCAUUCCAUUGGUGUCGGUGGCUAUAUUAGUGGAGGAGGUUUCGGGUUACUGUUCAGAAAGCAUGGCACCGCCGGUGAUAAUGUUUUAGAUGCUCAGCUCAUCGAUGUUAACGGAAGAAUUCUCGACAGAAAAUCUAUGGGAGAAGAUUUGUUUUGGGCGAUUCGAGGAGGAGGCGGUGGUAGUUUUGGAAUCGUCCUCGCGUGGAAACUACGUCUUGUUCCUGUACCGGCAAACGUGACGGUGUUCACCGUCGGCCGCACCCUCGAACAGAAUGCAACUGAACUCGUCCAUCGAUGGCAAUACAUUGCCCCUAAUCUUCCCGAUGAUGUGUACGCUUCCAUUCAAUUCAGAGCCAUGAAUUCAACUCAAGACGGAAGGAAAACAGUUGUAGCCGACUUCAUUGCAUUCUUUCUUGGCACAACUGACGAGCUUCUUUCCCUAAUGGAGCAGAGAUUUCCCGAGUUAGGAUUAACAAAACAAGAUUGCACUGAAAUGAGCUGGAUCGAGUCGAUUCUUUACAACAACGGAAUCCGAAACCAGCCCCUAGAAAUCUUGCUUAACAGGACUUACAGAAGCCCCGUUAACGUCCCAUACUACAAAAUCAAAUCUGAUUACGUGAAGGAACCCAUCUCCGAAAUCGGAUUGAACGGUUUGCUUUCUCGUCUCACCGACGAAGUCGCCACAUCGACCGUCAUCCUCUUCUUCGCUUACGGCGGAAUUAUGGAUCGAAUAUCAGAGCACGCGACGCCGUUUCCACAUCGAGCAGGCAAUUUAUACAAAAUCUGUUACAACACGGGCUGGCUAGCAGAAGAUAACGUGAACUCUCAAAAAUACCUCGAUUGGGCUCGAACAACUUAUAGUUACAUGAGUCCUUUCGUUUCGAAAUAUCCACGAGAGGCCUAUCUUAACUAUAGAGAUCUUGAUAUCGGCUCCAAUAAUAUACACUAUACAAGCUAUGAACAAGCCCAUAUUUGGGGUCGCAAGUAUUUCAAAGAUAACUUCGACAGAUUAGUGCAUGCGAAGACAAAGAUCGAUCCACAGAAUUUCUUCAGACAUGAACAAAGCAUCCCUCCUCUGAUAUAAAUAACAUGUUAUUCUCUGAUCUGUUAGUAACAUAUAUAAUCGUGUAUUAUCUACAAUUAAUUAUAUACGAGAAAUAAAUUCAUUACAUGUGAAUGUAAAAUCAUUGA